AUGGCAUCGCGCAACGGCGCAGCGAUCCUCAGCAGAGCCCUCCGCGCGCAGCGCACACCACAACUGCCCCGCGCAGCACUCCGCUCCUACUCAACAUCAGAAAAUGGCGAAAAGAGGCCAUCGAUAGUGGGCACCUUUUACAAGACCUUCACGAGACCCGUCCUCAAAGUUCUCUUGAUGGCAACCCUUACGUAUCAGGUCGCCUACUGGGGCUGGACGACGCUGGAACAGAACGAGAUCCGCGAAGAAAAGAAGAAGGAGAUUGAGAGCCUCGAGGCCAAGGUCGCCGAACUGCAGACGAGCAAAUAG